AUGCGCUUCACUUCCCACUUCGGGGCCUUCUCAACCCUCCUCUCCGCCGCGGCCGCCAUUCCCGUUGCGCAAGCCUCAUCAAUCCGGAGCCCAACAACCUCCAAGCCCGUCAUCCCUUCCGCCUCUACACCAUAUAUCUCGCAGAGUCCCACGCCUAGCAUGCUUGCCUUGGUUGGGGCCUACGAGUGCCCGCCGAGCCAACAAAAGCAAUGCUGCCAGAGUCUGGAGCAGACGUCUAAAGAUAUCAUGGAGGGAUUGGGUGAACUUGUGCCGAUCUUGGGAGGAAUCCAAAUUAGCUCGAAGAUGGUGUUCCAGUGCAAGAAUAUGGCCCCAGACGAGUCACCCGACUCUUGCGAUGACAAGGAAUCUUCUCCCAUGUGCUGCAGUAGUGGAUCCUCGAAUUCUGUCGGAGCCUGCAAGCCAUUUGCUGAAGCCAAGGAGGCCUAUUACCGGUCGUUUGGAUAUGGCCAGGAGAGCCAGGUUGACUACAUUAACGACGCUGUUGAUUAG